GAGGAUGUUGAGAUGGCAUGGUCGCAGUCGCACGUCAAAAUGGAUACGAUCGUCAGCGGAAAUUAAACGCUAAUACCGUACAGUUAGAAACACGCAUACCGCUAAUGAUUUCUAUAUAAUCCAAUCAAUCUUCGAUCCCCGAAAAACAAAGUAAUCUUUUACCCUGAAAAUAAAAUUUGAGAAUUUAACAACCAUUUAGAGCGCGGCAAAAGGACUCCAGCAGUCUCUUAUGGUAUGCACAUGCGCAGUGAUAUGUCUUAAUAUCAGCAGGGACGGGAUUAUGGUAGUGGUUAAAUGCAAAGCUCGGAGGACACUUAGAACAGCCCUGGUGAUUGAAUUAUAGAACAAACUCUGGAUAUUAAAGCAAAAUGAAGAUCAAUAUUGAUCUGCGUCCGAGAGAAGCUUUCCGAUAUUGAAAACCAUUUAGCGCUGAAUGUGGUUCCAUUACAUUGCUGCUUUAUAUCGAAGGAGGACGCUGAUAUUUGUUGGGAUUUGGAAAACAGUUAACAGUUAGGAAAUCAUAACAGAUUAUUUUAUGCACAUGACCGCGCAAAUCUGCUAAUGGCCUCCGAAGUCCCUUUCUGUCGUCUGCCUUGGAUCGUGACGUCAUUCAAUGCCUCUGCUCCCUAGAAGGAUCGGGAUGACGUGGGCCUUCUCCUCCUCCCUGUCUCUGCUCUGUAUCUUAUUCAUCGCCGUGCCGCCUUCCUCUGCAGACCAAAAAAUGUGUACAAAGAGGGUGGAGGGCGUGACCACCAAGGUACCACAGACCAGACGUAUUCCCGCCAAAUGUUCGAACUGGGACCGCGCCUGGACCUGGGUCACACGUGACGACUGUGGAACCAAGUACCAGAUAACAUACAUUGAGCUUCACCAACAGCACCAGUACAAACUGGUGUACGAAUGCUGCCCGGGAGAUACAGACUGUAAAACGGAUGGACAGUCGCACCACGAGUCAGACGAGAGGUUCCUCGCCAUCACCUUUGGGUGCGCCUCUGCUGCCUUCAUCAUAAUUAUCAUCAUCAUAGUGGUCAGCGUCUGCAGAAAGAAAAACGCAGGGUUCAUCUUCUGUCCAUAUAAAAAGGAAUACGAAAAUGCUGAAGAAUCCCCUGUUGGUUUAGGUUGCCACGGUGAGCGAUCCGAUCCAAAUGAUUACGUCAUCGGAGAUUUCGGAGAGGAACGGAAACUUGUGCUGGAGUCCGAGUAUGAAGAAAUUUGUGACAUUACCCCUGCAAUAAAAGGAGGGACAUGGGACAAUAUUUAUCAGAAAACCCCAACAGCCCCUCCCGAAGAAAUGCUUAAAGAGUGGAGGGAACCAGCACAGUGCAGUGUCCAUAGCAACGGAGAAUUCAGUGAACCAGGGAGUUCAAAAGAGGGGAAUUUAGUUGAAAUAGACACAACCAAACCAGCGAAAGUGACAGGGCAGACACGUUUAUUUGACACUGAGGAAAACCAUGAGAGUGACUCAAUAAAAAUUAAAGAUACCGCGUUCGGAGCCGAAUCCGGCGAUGUUUUAAGUGACGAUUUAACGCAGGAGGUAUUUGACAGUAACCUUCCUACUGACAAGACAUCGUCCAUUGAACUAUUACAGCCUUUGAAGGCUGAGGACCAAAACAAAAGUUGUGAAAUUCGUAUUUCUGAGAAUAUGCCAGACUCGGCUAAGAUUUCUGCUUCGGACUUGAUGACAUCACCCAUGUCAGACGACAUUCUUUCUGAGAAAGAAAUCGCAAGGUCUGCAGGAAAAGACCAAGCAAGUUUAACUAGCAAUUCUCUCUUUCAAAAUGGAGUGUACGAGGAAUUACAAUGAAGACUGUAUAUUUAGAGUGAUGUGUCUGUGACAAGACUCGUAUUAAUGGUCUAUAAAUGUAAUUAUUUUUCAUAACAUUAUAAUCAUUUCUGACAUUUUCAGUGGAGUUGUACGAAUGCCUUAAAUAAAACAUACUUGUUGUACAAUUAUUCAGUUGUGAGAGACUCAGUGU